AUGGAUCCCAUUUAAAACAAAUAAAAUAUAGACGAUUCAGAGGGUGAGGAAAUAAUUUAGGAAGGAGAAGUUGAUGAAAACUUCGAAUAAAGAGUUUAAAAGCUAUUAUAUGAAACCGACAAUGGAUUGAACUUAUAUAAUAAACCUGUAAUGCCUUUGAUUUAUUAUGAAUUUAAUGAAGAAAUCAAAUAAUAGGCACAGUAAGUCAUCAGUUAAGACACAACUAUCAUCCCUUAAGAUAAAUAUGAAAAGUAUGAAUAGGAAGCAUCAAAAAUUUGGGAUAAGUUUUAUAGACAUCAUCAAAACAAUUUCUUCAAAGACAGACACUAUUUAGAAAGGGAAAUACCAGAAUUAAACCAUUUUAAAGAAAGCCAUCAGAAAGAUGAAACUAAACUAUAUGUAAUUUGUGAAAUGGGAUGUGGAGUUGGAAAUGCUUUGUUUCCCCUAAAAAAAAAUUAUACAUUCUUCAAAAAGGUUUAUGGCUUUGAUUUUAGUAAAAGAGCAAUCGAUGUUUUGAAGGCUAAUGAGUUAUAUGAUGAAAAUGUAUUCUAAGCUUGCGUUUGCGAUUUAGUUUUGGAUGCAUUACCAGAUUUCGAAAGACCUGAUUUAGGAACUUUAAUAUUUGUGCUUUCUGCAAUAUCUCCAGAGAACCAUUUAAUGGUCGUUCGCAAGAUUUUUGAAUGGAUGAAACCAGGAAGUGUUCUUUAUUUUAGAGAUUAUGGUUAAUAUGAUUUUGGAUAGAUAAACUUGUCUAAGAAAAAGAACAGAAAACUUAAGGACAAUUUCUACGUCAAGCAUGAUGGUGUUAGGGUUUAUUAUUUUAGUAAUGAAGAAGUGACAUCAUUAUUUACUACUGCUGGAUUUAAGCAAUUGGAUGUGAAGGCUCAUUAUAGAUAUAUAGAGAAUAGAAAGACAAAGGUUAAGAUGUAUAGAGUUUGGGUGUAGGGUAGAUUUUUAAAAGAAUGA